UAACCUGCGGGGAAAGUGCAUUUGGGACUCAUUAGCCCUAAUCAGGACUAAUUAAGAGACUCCUUUAAGCGGGGAAGCCACCUAAGUACAAGACGUCACGAAAGAACACGGUGACAACAGCCAAAGCGGGCGUGGGAACCCAACCACGCUCCCGCGAGCGGCAGUUUAACGGCUCCGCCCCCUGACCCGCCUCACUUCCGCUUUUUAUUUGCAUAUUCGACGAUCGGACGUCAAGCGUCAGCGUCGACGCGGUGACAUCAGGGGGCGCCCCUGCAGUGCCCCCUCCCCGAGCGUACGCACGUACGCACGCACGCACGGAGACGGACGGGCGGGGGAGGAGGGAGAGAUCCGAGGCGCCCCGCCCAGUCCGCAAGGUUGCGCGUGCCCCGUGCGACCGCCAAGAUGGUGGUAGGCGCGUUCCCUAUGGCGAAGCUGCUAUACCUGGGAAUUCGGCAGGUCAGCAAGCCGCUUGCCAACCGCAUUAAGGAGGCCGCCCGCCGAAGCGAGUUCUUCAAGACCUAUAUCUGCCUCCCGCCCGCUCAGCUGUACCACUGGGCGGAGAUGCGGGCCAAGAUGCGCCUCAUGGGCUUCAGGGCGGAAGCCGUCAAGCCGCUCAAUGAGGACGCGGCCGCCGAGCUGGGCGCCGAGCUGCUGGGUGAGGCCACCGUCUUCCUCGUGGCCGGCGGCUGCCUGGUGCUGGAGUACUGGCGCCACCAGGCGCACCAGCGUCGCAAGAGGAGCGAGCGGCAGGCCGCCUGGGAGGCGAUGCGGGACGAGGUGGGCCACCUGGCGCUGGCGCUGGAGGCCCUGCAGGAGCAGGUGCGCGCGGCGCCUGCGCAGAGCGCGCUGGAGGAGCUGCAGGCGCAGAUGCGAGAGGUGCGCGCCGGGCUCUGCGCCCGGGACCCGCCGUCCGCCCCCCGAGCGACGCCCGAGGAAUAGGGGACUGUAGGGCCCCGGUCUUCGAUGUGGCUGUUGUCGGGGCUGUGACGACUCUGACAUGGCCUUCUGUCCACACGGUCCGUUGAGGAACCUGCCCAGCUGAUUCCACCUGGUCCCUUUCGGGGCGGAAGGGAGGCUGGACUGGGGCUGAUCCAGCCAGGCUUUUUUGGUCGGCCGCCUCCCUACUAACCUGGCCGCCUCCCUACUAACCUGGCCGGAGGUACCUUCCACAGGGACUCUGUUCCAACAGGAGUCCCUUUGUCCUAUCCUCCCCCCACCCCCCCCCGCCAUCUCUCUCCCCCACCCCCCACCUCCAGGCCCAGUCCACGGGUUUAAUACUCUGUAAUGGAAAGAGAUCGUGUCCCAUUGGAUCCCACCCACCCGCUACUAGGUGGGCCGGCGGGACACAUGGACCGAGCCAGCUCAUUCUGUCACACUUCCACUUAUCUGAGUAGGGUCCCCCCCCCCCCCCCCAUCCAUUUCACCAGAACGCCCUUUCCCCCUUCUUCAUUGGUGCAGACCGUUGUAAAGAAAAUGCAAGCUCCCAGUGGGUUUACAGACCCGGUCACUUUCCAUCUACCUCACUUUGGAGGGGACAGAGAAGGAUGGGUCUUGGAGGGCCUUCUGCCCAGUGAGUCACCCUGUGGCUCCUGCCUUCAGUCCACCAACCACUCGUACCUCAGCAGGUCACCCCCUCAAGUGGAUCAUUCCAACAGAUACCCCCCACUUUAGUCUGCGGCAUAACCCAUGGUACAGGGUCUCCCCACCGCCUGUGGUCUGUUCCAACAGGACUUGGUCCUCUGGGACAGAAAAAUUGGUCCUGCCUGGGGAUGGGCCAUUCUGUGUCGGUCUAAGGCUCUGUGUACCUGAAGUUCUGGACCUCCUGUUGUCCUUUUCCACUGUCCUUCCCUGCUAGCCCUUCAUAGGGACCCACCCAGUCCCCUGCUACAUGGGUCACUUGUCACAUCCCAUCCAAGCCUGCUCUCAAGUACUCAGGGAUUCCUUCUUCCUUCUUGCCUUUAGACUGAUCGCCCAGCCCACCCUCACCCUCCUUCACGCAGUGGGACCACCUGCCCCUCAGCUCUGAAGUCCCCCACCCCCAUCCGAAUGGAAUAUUCCAACCAGGCAGGGUUUUCUACCCCACCUACCCCCUGCCAACCCAUUGAACCACUGAAGGGGGUGUGUGUGAGCUCUGUGACUUCCGAGUUCUAUUUUUUUUCAAGACUGUAAAUAUUUUAUAAUUAAAGGAGCUCUGGGGUAAAGAAGUCAUCUUUAAGAAUGUGUCAGAGAACCAUGACGUACAUCUACAAAAUGGGUACAAGGCUCACUGAAAUUAGGAGAGAAGCUGGGAGGAGUCCCACAGGAAGGGCAGAGUCAUCCCGUAAGCCCUUUCCCAGAUGGGGAAACUGAGGCCCAGGGGUAGCCAAGGGACUUGCCCGAUGCCACACAGUCAGUGAAGGACCAUGCUUAGCUUUCUCUACGGUACGGAACUGUUUGGUGCAGGGGGGAAAGGAAUGAGGAGGCAGCCCAGAAGAGGCUUGGGGACAGGAGGAGGCUGAGAGGG